AUGUCGGGUGAACGUGAUCUCAAACAUGAUAUUGAGCCUUCUCGCCAUGACGUCGAUAUCGGGCAGAUGCUGGCUGUCGAGGCCACGCCGGAGGAAGAGCGAGCUGUUCUGCGAAAGCUGGAUUGCUAUUUGAUGCCUCUGAUGGGGUUUGCUUACUUUCUCCAAUUCCUGGACAAGCUUGCUCUAAGCCAAGCGACACUUUUCAAUUUGCGAGAAGACCUGAAUCUCCAAGGCUCCAACUACUCCUGGACAUCGGCUGUCUUCUACUUUGGCUACUUUUUCUGGAGUUGGCCGAGCUCGUACGUGAUCGUGCGUCUGCCAAUUGGGAAGUACUUGGCCUGUUCAAUUUAUCUGGGGGGGGGUAUUCUGAUGUGCCACGCCGCAACAAAGAAUUUCACCGGCCUGAUGUGCGCCCGUUUUUUCCUGGGCGUCGGAGAAGCCGCCAUUGCCCCCGGCUUCACCUUGCUCACAGGAAUGUUCUAUAAGCGGGAGGAGCAGCCAAUGCGGCAAUCGGCGUGGUUUUUCGGAAACUGCAUCGCCGUCCUCGUCGGGGGCCUAAUCGCCUACGGAAUCGGCAACAUAAACACAACAGCGAUCGAGCACUGGAAACUACUCUUCCUCAUUCUUGGCGCCGUGACCUCUUGCUAUUCAAUCGUUCUAUUCUUCUUCCUUCCAGACGCAGUCGAUAAGGCCGUAUUUCUAACAGAGAACGAACGUGCCAUCGCCGUCCAACGCACAAUCACAAACAAGACCGGUAUUCUGGAUAACGGCAAAUUCAAAUGGUCUCAGGCAGUCCAAGCACUCAAAGAUCCACAGGCCUGGUGUUUGAUUUUGAAUUCGCUUACUUCGAACCUGUGUAAUGGAGGUAUCACAACUUUCACAUCAAUAAUAACAGCCGGCUUCGGUUUCACAGACCUAAAAGCCCUACUAAUGCAAAUGCCCCAAGGCGCCGCGCAAAUAAUCUUCCUAGUAUUAACAUCACUGGCGGUAACAUAUAUCCCACAUUCGCGCGUUCUGGCACAAAUAUUCAACACGAUCGUCUCGGUCGUCGGAAUGCUACUGAUCUGGAAACUCAACCCGGAAGAACAAGUCGGGCGAAUGGUCGGACUUAGUAUCGGUAUCGUUUACGCGAUCAAUUUGCCCAUCUCGUUGAGUAUCGUUACAUCUAAUGUGGCGGGGUUCUCGAAGAAGAGUGUUGUUAGCUCUUUGCUUUUUAUUUCAUAUUGUGUUGGUAAUGUUAUUGGGCCUCAGUUCUUUUUGGCUAGUGAGGAGCCUUCUUAUCCGACCGGUAUCAAGGCUGCCAUGUCUGGUCUUGUAUUGAGUAUUUUCUUCCUGGUCGUUCUUUACUUCUACUAUAUCUAUGAGAAUCGGCGUCGGGAUCGGUUGUAUGGUCGGCCUGAGGAUAUAGCUGUUGGUGCGGAGUUGCAGGAUGAGCUAUCUAACAAGACGGACACCGAGAUUGAGAGUUUCCGGUAUAUUCUCUAA